GCUGCGAGUUUAUAAAAGGUGGAGCCUGCUCGGUUUCUUCCAUUUGAUUCUAGAAAUUUCCAAGAAUUGUGUUUUGUGAGCAUGACCAGUUAUUCUGACAAAGGAUCUAAGCCCACCAACGGUAGAUUUCUGUAUUUUGACCACCUUACUUUUUACGUAGGCAACGCCAAACAGGCGGCUUCUUACUAUAUCACACGUCUAGGAUUCGAGCCUGUAGCAUACAAAGGACUCGAAACCGGAAGUAGGGAGUAUGUACACUAUGCGGUUCGUCAAAAUCAGAUUGUCUUUGUCUUUGUUUCCCCUUACAACCCGGAAGAGAAGGAUCUGAACUCGCACCUUAUGAAGCAUGGAGAUGGUGUCAAAGAUAUAGCAUUUGCUGUGGAUAACUUGGAAGGAAUUGUUACAAAAGCAAAGGAACGUGGAGCAAAAGUUGUGCAAGAUAUCUGGGAAGAAUCAGAUUUCAACGGAUCUGCACGGUUUGCAACAAUUCAAACUUAUGGAGAUGCCACCCAUACAUUCGUGGAUCGAAGCCUCUACAGAGGAGCAUUCUUACCAGGAUACAUUCAGUGUGCUGAAGAUCGAUUAGGGAAGCAGCUGCCUCCAGGGAAGCUGGACUUCAUUGACCAUGUUGUUGGCAACCAACCAGAUGGUGAAAUGGAAUCGGUUGCUAAAUGGUACGAGAAUGUUCUGCAGUUUCACAGAUUUUGGUCGGUGGAUGACAGUCAAAUCCACACCGAAUUUUCAUCUCUGAGAUCCAUCGUUAUGGCCAACUGGGAGGAAAAUAUCAAGUUGCCGAUCAAUGAACCAGCUUUAGGAAAAAAGAAGAGUCAGAUUGAGGAGUUUGUGGAAUACUACGGGGGAGCUGGAGUUCAGCACAUCGCAUUGAAUACCCAGGAUAUCAUUACUAGUGUGAGGAACCUGAAAGCACGAGGAAUUGAGUUUUUGUCAGUUCCUGAUAGCUACUAUGAUGCACUUAGAGAAAAACUAAAGCACAGCAAAGUGAAAAUCGCUGAAGAGCUGGACAUUCUACAAGAACUUAAAAUUCUGAUCGACUAUGAUGAAAAUGGUUACCUGCUGCAGAUUUUCACGAAGAAUAUGCAAGACAGGCCAACUCUGUUCCUUGAAGUGAUUCAAAGAAGAAAUCACAAUGGAUUCGGAGCCGGUAACUUCAAAGCCUUAUUCGAAGCCAUAGAGGUUGAGCAAAACAAGAGGGGAAACCUUUAAAGGAAGAAAAAUCAGUUCAAUUUUGAUUCUAUAACUAGUUUAGGAGUAAUUUAAGAAAAAAAUCGCUGAGUUAGGCUAAGAGUUAUAUUAGUGUUAAGUAUAUAGUAGUAAAAAUAUAAUUUAAACAAAAUGAUAUGCUUUACAUUGGUGAUGGAGGAAAAUAUCACAUUGGUUUCAAGA